UUCGGCGAGCCAAGAUGGCGGCGGCGGAGCUCGAGCGGGUUCGCGUUUCGGCGGCGGAGCUCCGGCGGGGGAUCCUGGCCACGGCGGAGGCGGCGGCGACGCUCGGGAGGGGCGACCCAGAGACCACGAAGGAACCCCGGCAUCGUAAGGACAACCGGCGUCCAGAUCUCGAAAUCUAUAAGCCUGGCCUCUCCCGCCUCCGGAGCAAGCCCACCCUAGCAAAGCCAGAGCUUCUGAAGGAGGAGGAGGUCAAGGAAGGGGAUCCCAGCCCCAGGGAGCCCUCUGCUGCUUCCUGCAGGGAGGUCCCCGCCCCGGCCCUGCCCGAGGGGAGGAGCCAGCCCCCAAAUGGCUUCUUGGAAGGUUCUCCCCAGGGCUGCUUGAGCACCCCUGAGGACUGGUGCCCUCGGAUCAUUAGGCGAGCCAAGAAGCCCGACCAGCAGAUCUACCAGCCUGGCAAACGCCUGCAGAUCUCGUCCCGGGAGACGGCAGCUGCCCCCCUGGCAGCCAAGGAGCCCCCUGUGAAGGAGGAGAGGGGAGCAGACUCUGAAAAGGAUUCUGGGAGAGGCGCUGAGGGCCCCGUGAAGCCAGGGGACCAGGAAGGAGAUCUGAGCCAGGAGGGGGCCAAGCCUCUCCAGGGAGAGAAGGGCAGGCGAGCCGAGCGGCCGAGGAAGACCAGGGACGAGCCGGGCCGCGGCAAGGCCAGUCCCCCGAAGCGCUACUCGCGCUCAGACAAGCGCCGCAGCCGCUACCGCACCUGCAGCACCAGUUCAGCAGGGAGCAACAACAGCGCCGACGGGGCCCGCGGGGAGUCAGAGGUGGGGAAGAAGCCCCAGGAAAGGCCCCGUCCUCAGAAGCAGCUCUCGGCCUCCUCCACUGACUCCCUCGAAGAGGACAGAGCAGAGGAGGCCCAGGAGGCGAGGAAGCCCCUGGAGCAUGGCUGGCUCUCCCGGAGCCUGGACGUGAGAGAGGCCAGAGGAGCCCAGGGAGGCGGCCGGGCUGCGGGCAGGGGCCUCUCAGCCUCCCGCCCUGGCUGGCGGAAGGGCAAGCCCUCCGGGCCUGGCCCAAGGGACUCCACGGAGGCCGGGGAGGGCAGGCCCCAGAACAGGGGCCGCGGCAUCCUGGUGCUCCCGGCCAACACAGACCUCACCGCCAGCAGCACCGGUUCUCCCGAAGCUCCCCAUGUGGGGGGAGCGAGGCUCCUUUUCGGCAGCAGCAAAGGCACUCGGGGGUGGAACCGGGGGGGCACAGCCCGUCGGCUCUGGGACCCCAACAACCCGGAACAGAAGCCGGCGCUGAAGAGCCAGGGGGCCCAGCUGCACUUCCUGGACACAGACGACGAGGCGGCCCCCGUGCCUCGAGGGGACGCCCGCCAGGCGCAAGCCUCCUACUAUCGGUUCCAGAACUCGGACAACCCUUAUUACUACGGAGGGCCCCCAUACCCCUACGCAGGAUAUUCCCUGCCCUAUCCAGUGGGCACCAGCAAUGAGGUUUACCCCGGAGCCUACUAUCCCACCGGCUACCCUAAGCAGGCUGAGCCCUGUGGCGGCAGCUCCCUCCUGGCCGACCCGCUCAGCACUGAGACAGAGCAGCAGAAGCGCAGCCUGCAGCAGCAAGAGCUCAGCAAGGCCCUCCGAGAAGCCGGGCACCUGGAGCAGCAGCUGAGCAAUCUUCUGUCCAGGGACCGGCUCAGUCCUGAGGGCCUGGAGAAGAUGGGGAAGCUCAGGGCAGAGAUGCUGCAGCUGUAUGAGCACUGCCUGCUGACUGACAUUGAACUGGCUGAUGCCCAGAACGUGGAUCAGCUGCUGUGGAAGAACGCCUUCUACCAGGUGAUUGAGAAGUUCCGGCAACUGCUCAAGGACCCCGCUGGGGAGAACUCCCAGGAGAUUCGCAGCAAGCUGCUCCAGAUCCUGGACGAGGGCACAGUUUUCUUCGAUGGCUUGCUGCAGAAGCUGCAAGUCACCUACCAGUUCAAGCUGGAGGACUACAUGGAUGGCAUGGCUGUUCGCAGCAAGCCGCUGAGGAAGAUGGUGAAAUACGUGCUCAUAAGUGCUCAGAGGAGCCUGAUUUGCCACGGUGACAUCUGCCGGUACCGGGAGCAAGGCAGCGACAUGGCAAACUAUGGGAAGGCGCGCAGCUGGUACCUGAAGGCCCAGCACAUCGCCCCCAAGAACGGACGCCCGUACAACCAGUUGGCUCUCUUGGCCGUCUACACGAGGAGGAAGCUGGACGCCGUCUACUACUACAUGCGCAGCUUGGCCGCCAGCAACCCCAUCCUCACCGCCAAGGAGAGCCUCACGAGCCUCUUUGAGGAGACCAAGCGGAAGGCAGAACAGCUGGAGCAGAAGAGCCCCGGCCAACGCAGCCGAAGCAAGAAGGCGGCCUUCCGGCCCUCCGGCGACGAUGCCACCCGCCUGGAGCUCUGGAUCCACCCCUCCCACCCCCGCUCCAGCCAGGGCCACGAGUCCAGCCGCGACUCAGAGCAGGACAGCGGGCUCAGCAGCCUGAGCACCAGUGAUCUGAACAAAAGGUUCGUCCUCCGUUUUCUCCAUGCCCAUGGGAAGCUGUUUACCAGGAUUGGGAUGGAGACCUUCCCUGCUGUUGCAGCAGAGGUCCUGAGCGCCUUCCGGGCACUGCUGGAGCACAGCCCCCCGCCGAUCGGAAGCACCCGUCUGCUGCAGCUCAUGGCCAUCAACAUGUUUGCUGUGCACAACUCUCAGCCGAAAGAGUGCCUCUCCGAAGACUGUCGGUCCGUAAUCCAGGAGCAGGCCUCCGCCCUGGGCCUCGCCAUGUUUGCCAUCUUGGUCAGGCGCUGCACCCGGCUGUUGCAAGGCGUCUCCCUGGCGGCUCAAGCCCAGGGGGACGCCGAAGACGACAUCAAGGUCUCCGCUUUUCCGCCGGAUCUGAAAGAGCUCCUUCCCAGCAUCAAGGUCUGGUCGGAUUGGAUGCUUGGCCACUCGGACACCUGGAAUCCUCCGCCCAGCGCUCUGGAGCUGCCCCAAUCGGCUUCGGUGGAUGUGUGGGCAACCCUGGCAGACUUCUGCAACAUCCUGACUACCGUGAACCAGUCUGAGGUGCCCCUCUACAAGGACCCCGACGAGGACCUUGCCCAGCUGGGCCUGGAGGAGGAUCGGCUGCUCUCGGGCUUCGUCCCACUGCUGGUUGCCCCCCAGGAGCCCUGCUACGUGGAGAACACCUCGGACAAGGCUAUCGCGGCCGACUGCAAGAGGGUCACGGUGCUGAAGUAUUUCCUGGAAGCGCUCUGCGGCCAAGAAGAGCCAUUGCUGGCGUUCAAGGGUGGAAAGUAUGUGUCAGUGGCCCCCGUCCCAGACGCCCUGGGAAAGGAAGCGGCGGCCGGCCAGGAGGGAAAACAACUGGAGGAGCAGGAGGACGACGUCCAGAUGGAGGCCUUGCAGGACGACUCGGAGGCGGAAUGCAGCGGUGGCGAGCUGGACAUCAGGGAGCUGCGGGCCAAGAAGCAAGCACUGGCCAGGAAGGUGGCUGAGCAGCAGCGCCGGCAGGACAAGAUCCAGGCGGUGCUGAAGGACCAGGCCCAGGUGAGGCAGAUGGAGCUGGAGAUUCGCCCCGUGUUCCUGGUCCCAGACACCAAUGGCUUCAUCGACCACCUGGGCAGCCUCGCCAAGCUUCUGGAUUGCCGGCAGUUCAUCCUUGUGGUGCCCCUGAUUGUCAUAAAUGAAUUGGAUGGGCUGGCCAAAGGUCCCGAAUCAGAGCACCGAGUUGGGGGCUAUACCCGCCUGCUGCAGGAGCGUGCCCGCAAGGCAGUGGACUUCCUGGAGGCCUGCUUUGAGAAGCGUGACAGCUACAUCCGGGCCCUGACCAGCCGGGGCAACGAACUGGAGUCCAUCUCCUUCCGCAGCGAGGAUAUUUCCCGGCAGCAGGGGAACAACGAUGACUUGAUUCUCUCUUGUUGCCUUCACUAUUGCAACGACAGAGCCAAGGACUUCAUGCCAGCCAAGAAAGAUGACCCAAUCCGCCUGCUCCGGGAGGUGGUGCUGCUGACGGAUGACCGGAACCUGCGGGUGAAGGCCCUGACCCGCAACGUGCCCGUGAGGGACAUCCCCACGUUCCUGCGGUGGGCCCAGGAGGGCUGAGCAGGCACCUUCCCUGGGAAGCUGUGCAGCUCUUUGCCAACAUGAAGGGUGGCCUCAGGGCACGCCCUUGCCUCGUGCCAGGGCUGUUGUGCCGCUACCGCUGCCGCCCCACCGCCACCACCACCAUUCCGGGAGACACCAAGAACAAUAAACGCAGCGUCUUCAACCCCGCUGGAAUGGCCAUGCUGUGGGUGCAGGCACACGCGUGGAGCAGGAGGCCCGUGGGACAGGUGGUCAUUGUGGAGAAAGGCUAGAGUGAGCCGGGUUCCCGGCCUCGGGGGCGAGGAGGAGGCGGCGGCCGGGCAGGCUGCUCCUUCCCUGGCUGAGCUGGCGCAGCCGCCCGUGGUCCAGGUCUCUCUCGACUGGCGAGGAAGGGCAGCUGGGAGCCAUCUGCCUGAAGCCCGCACUGCUGCUCCUGGGCGCUUGUCUGGAGCCCGGGGGCUGCCUCCCGCCCACCCCCAGUGGUGGUCCUAAGUCUCCAGCCCCUCCCUCUCCAUGCCCAGUCCCUCAUUCCCCUGGGCCGUGGACUAACCCCGCCCUGCCCGGCGCACCUUCCAGCCCAGGCCAGCUCUCACCACGGGUCACCUGUGGUGGGGCUGGAAGAGGGAAGUCAAGAGUCAGAACAAUGGUGACGCUUAGGUAGAGUUGGGAGAAGGGGGCCAGGAAAGCCCCCCUGGAGGAGCGCUGUGGGCCGGCAGGCAAAGAGGGCCAAGGUUCAGCUGGAGUGUCAAGCCCAGCAUCGCCCCUUGGUGCUCUGGAAAUGGCGGUGUGGGUGGGGAGAGCUGCUUUCCAAAGAGAGCCCCCCCAUGGGAAGUUUCCUGCCAGUGGGGUGGCUGAGUGCCCCCAUGGGGCCAUGUGCGGGGACCACAAAUUAAAGGGCGGGCCUGCUGCGGGGCUGACGUGUCCAAGGGCAGAGGAGCCCAAACAUCUUCCCUUCCGAUGGGAUUUGCAUCCAGUGGGCUAGGGAUGUGUGCCCCCCAGGCUUGGCACAGGCCCUUUGCAGAGGAGAGGAGGUCUCUUCUGCCCAGUCCAGCUUCCCACUCUCUGCCUCUUCCCGACUGGCUUGGAUGGGGGACUUGUGCCCGCUUUUGUUCCGUUGUUUUCUUAAUAAACUUGUAGUAGGAAA